CAAAUUAAGAAAAAGGCUUUAGAAUAAAACAAGCAGAGGCUUGCUCCAGCUUCUAGUUUGCCUUCCUUGGUCGUUGUUAUCUGCAGGUGCCCAACAUCAUAUUUGUGCUUUCGCUCUUCAAUUUCUUAUCACGUUCUACAAUAAGUUAUCGGCGAACUUCUUGCUUCCGACUGGUCGGAGCCUGGCAAAGCGAAGAAGAGCAGAGUUAAAGAAGAAGAAGAAGGAGAAGAUUGAGAGGUGGAGGAGAGAAUUAUCAUGUCAGAUGAAGAAACCGAUUCCUGGAAAAUUCUGCUGACUGUUUUCAUGCUGUUCCUCGGGGUUAUAGCAGUUCUUGGGGAUUCCAUAGACAGAGACAGAGAAGUUCUGCUGAAUCUGAAGCAAUUCUUGGAAGAAUCCAAUCGGGUGAACCGAGGCCACUACUCGGAAUGGAAUUCAAGCUCCAGCCCCUGCGUUUGGAAGGGAAUCCGUUGCAGCACGCCAAACGGCAGCACAUCGGCAAGAGUCAGCGGCGUUGACCUCUCCGGGAACACCAUCUCAAGUGCUAUCUUCCAUAACUUCUCUGCCCUGACAGAGCUCUCCUACCUCGACCUCUCCCAGAACACCAUCGGCGGCUCGAUCCCCCAGGACCUGAGCCAGUGCCCAAAGCUCUCAUACCUCAACCUGUCGCACAACCUCCUAGAAGGGGAGUUAAACCUUACAGGAUUACGCAACCUCCGCACUCUCGACUUAUCGAUGAACCGUUUCGGUGGAGAAAUCCGGUCGAGCUUCUCCACUAUAUGUGACAGUUUGGUAGUCUUGAAUAUCUCAUCCAAUAAUUUGACGGGCAGCAUCGGGGACUCCUUUGAUCAAUGCUACAGGUUGGAGCACCUCGACUUGAGCACGAAUAAGUUCAUUGGGAACAUAUGGGGCGGGUUCGGGCGGCUCCAGAAGUUUUCGGUCUCAGAGAAUUAUCUCAGCGGACAGCUCUCAGCCUCGAGCUUCCCGCAGAACUGCAGCCUCCGGAUAAUGGACUUUUCCCAGAACAACUUCUCAGGUCUGGUCCCCGAAGAAGUGUCGAACUGCCGGAAUCUGGUGAUCUUGAACCUGUGGGGGAAUAAUUUCACGGGGCAGAUGCCAGGUGGAAUUGGCUCGAUCUCGGGCCUCAAAGGUCUUUUUUUAGGAAACAACAGCUUCUUGAGGGACAUCCCUGAGUCACUAUUAAACCUCAGUAACUUGGCAUUCCUGGACCUAAGCAGAAACAAGUUCGGGGGCGAGAUACAGGGCAUCUUCGGGAGGUUUACAAGUGUCAAGUAUCUAGUCUUACACGGGAAUUCAUACACGAGCGGGAUCAAGUCGUCGGGAAUCCUAGAGCUGCAUAACCUCGUCAGAUUGGACCUGAGCUUCAACAACUUCUCUGGCCCUUUGCCGUCUAAGUUGUCUCAGAUGCAGAGCUUAAAAUUUCUGAUUCUCGCGUCCAAUCAAUUCAAUGGAACCAUUCCAGUCGAGUUCGGGAGCUUUCCCAGACUUCAAGCUCUUGACCUUUCCUACAACGAGCUUACUGGCACGAUCCCGCCAUCGCUUGGGAACUUGACCUCUCUCUUGUGGCUAAUGCUUGCGAACAAUCAGCUGACGGGCCAAAUCCCACCUGAGAUCGGUAACUGCUCAAGCCUGCUGUGGUUAAAUCUUGCUAACAACCAGCUCACCGGAAAUUAUCCGCCUGAAUUAGUCAAUAUUGGGCAGAACCCAAGAGCGACUUUCGAGUCGAAUCUGCUGGAUAACGAUCAUGUCAUCGCUGGCUCAGGGGAGUGCCUUGCCAUGAGGAGAUGGAUUCCUGCUGAUUAUCCUCCCUUCAGCUUUGUAUACACAUUACUCACCCGGAAAACUUGCCGAGGCAUAUGGGAUCGGCUUCUAAAAGGGAUCGGGCUAUUUCCGUUAUGUGGUGCAGAAUCCUCCACGCAAACAUAUCAAAUCUCAGGUUACGUACAGCUCAGUGGGAAUUCGCUAUCUGGUUUGGUUCCUUCAGAGAUUGGGAAGAUGAAAAAUUUUAGCAUGAUUAAUCUGGGAAUGAAUAAUUUUAGCGGUGAGUUUCCUAGAGAGGUUCGGCAAUUGCCCCUCGUGGUGCUAAACUUAUCGAGUAACGGAUUUUCUGGUGCAAUUCCUAGUGAGCUCGGGGACAACAAGUGCCUUCAAAACCUCGACUUGUCUAAUAAUAAUUUUUCGGGUAUGUUUCCAACAAGCCUCAACAACUUGACCAACUUGAGCAAGUUCAAUGUUUCGUACAAUCCAUUCAUCUCAGGGGCGAUUCCAGCGACGGGGCAAUUGGCUACGUUCGAGAAGGAAUCCUUCCUCGGGGAUCCGCUAUUGCAUUUACCUUAUUCCUCCACAGGCCAAGGUCACUCCCCGAAUAGCACAAGACAUCGAGGGUCCGGUACCCCAAAGAAGCCCUCGAAGCUCGUUGAGUCCAUGGUGUUCCUAGCUCUUAUCUCGGUCUUCCUCCUAUUCGGAAUCUUCUCGUUCAUAGUAUGUACCCUCAUUGAGAGCCCGCUCGACUUGGCAGACAGAGAUCUCUUGGAAAAUGCUAAGUACGAGCAAGAGUUUGGAUCGAGUUCGGGCUGCUCUUCCCCAUGGCUGUCGGAGAUGGUCCCAGUGAUCCAAUUAGUAAAGCGGGCCUUCACUUACGCUGACAUUCUGAAGGCGACUGGGAACUUCUCAAACGAUAAGGUCAUCGGGAAAGGAGGGUUCGGAACGGUUUACCGGGGAGUGCUCCCUGAUGGAAGAGAAGUGGCUGUCAAGAAGCUCCAGAGGGAAGGAAUCGAAGGCGAGAAAGAAUUCCAAGCUGAGAUGGAGGUCUUGUGCGGUGAUAGCUUCGACUGGCCACACCCGAACCUCGUGCCCCUAUACGGUUGGUGCUUAUACAGGUCGGAGAAAAUAUUGGUGUACAAAUACAUGGAAGGUGGCAGCCUAGAGGAUCUCAUAUUGGAUCGGUUGAGGCUGACGUGGCAGAGGCGGGUCCAUAUCGCAGUGGACGUGGCCCGGGCCCUGGUGUUCCUCCACCACGAGUGCUUUCCCGCAAUCGUCCAUCGGGACGUGAAGGCAAGCAAUGUGCUGCUGGACGGUAGUGGGCGGGCCUGCAUGACAGACUUUGGGCUGGCCCGCACAGUGGAUGCCGGGGACAGCCACGUGAGCACGGUGGUGGCAGGGACUAUUGGGUACGUGGCCCCGGAGUACGGGCAGACGUGGCGGGCCACCACGAAGGGGGACGUGUACAGCUUUGGGGUGCUGGCAAUGGAGCUGGCCACGGGGCGGCGGGCCUUGGACGGAGGAGAGGAGUGCUUAGUAGAAUGGGCCAGGAGGGUUUUCGGGCCACCCGGCUCAGACCGGGCUGUGCUGCCUGUGGCCGUCCUGGGGUCGGGCCUGGCAGAGGGAGCCGAGGAGAUGUGCGAGCUGCUGAAGAUCGGGAUCCGGUGCACGGCCGAGUCGCCCCACCUGAGGCCGAACAUGAAGGAGGUGUUUGGGAUGCUAUUCAGGGUUUCUAGCAACUGGAGGGAUCAAAUUCACAGCAACGGAUCUUCUCCAGCAUCAAAGUGAUUAAUUAAUCACACACUUCAAUUGAAGAGCCAAAUGUGAAUAGUGUUUUUUGCUAUUUACAACACACAAGCACAUUGAUUAGAAUCUCAGACUUGUCUUCUUUUUUUUUUUCUUCUUUUUUUUUUCCCCUUUUUUCCCCCGCCCCCUUACUUCAGAGUUCAGAGGUUUUUAUUCUUCUUGUACACAGAAAUCAUUGUCAAUAGAUUUACCACAAUUUUGAUCGGAAA